CUUGCCUAAAAAUUCAGAUAAACAAAAACAAAUCUUUGAUAAUUUCAAAAAAGACUUAAAAAUCUUCAAAAAAAUGCUGAAACCAAAGGCCCUCAUGCAAGUGCUGAGUCAAGCAAACACAGGCGGAAUCGAAAACACUUUGCUCCUGAAUCAAGAAGGAGCUUUGCUAGCCUACUCCGGACAAUCAACUGGCGGUCCCAACAUCUCAUGCGGAGCGAUUGCCAGCAACAUUUGGGCCGUUUACGAGAAACACGGGCGAAUGGCUUUAAAAGAAAACUCCUUAAAGAUGCUCGUUUUGCAGUGCGACGGCGGAAAUGUCGCAAUUACUCAAGUUGUCAACUUAUUACUUUGCCUCUACGCGAACUCGAGCGUGAAUUUAGGCAUGUUGGUGCAAAAAGCAACAAAACUCGCGGAAUACUUGGAAGGACCACUGACGGAAAUUGCGUCGUCAUAAAAAAAAAUUGGCUGUUUUUCAUUGAAUUUCAAUAUUUUUCCAAAUAUUUUUAAUUAAAAUGUUUAAGAAUUAUU